AUGCAGCAACAGCUUGUCGAGGCCGCCGUCGCCAGUUCUGAAGCUGAGACUAAGCUGCCGCGUAUGGAGCUCUUUAAGCGCUAUCGACCUGCCAUCACUUACUCUGCGCUUUUAUCCUUGGCCCUUGUCAUGGAGGGCAUGGAUGUCGGUCUCAUCAACAAUUUUUUCGCACAUCCGGCGUACCGUCGAAGGUUUGGCAACGAUUACAACGUGAAGGGUGAACUGGUUAUCUCGACCCGAUGGCAGACGAUUAUUGGUGCUGGUAACAACAUUGGUUCCAUUAUCGGUCUCUUGAUCAACGGUUGGCUCCAAUCUCGCUACGGUUCUCGCAGGGUAUACUUAGGUGGAAUGGCACUCAUGGCAUGCACUAUCUUCAUUCUCUUUUUCGCCCAGAAUGUCGAGAUGCUUCUCGUUGGCAACAUCAUGUGCGGUAUCCCGUGGGGUAUCUUCCAGACCCUUACCACCGCCUAUGCCGCCGAGAUUAGCCCCACCGCCAUGCGUGGCUACCUGACCGCAUGGGUGUCAAUGUGCUGGGGUGCUGGCUCAUUUUUAGCCGCUGGAGUGCUCAAGGGCACUAUCAACAUCAAGGGCAACGCUGGCUGGCAGAUCCCUUACGGUCUCCAGUGGAUGUGGAUCCCCCCUCUGUUUCUUGUUGCCUGGUUCGCGCCCGAGUCGCCCUGGUAUCUUAUCCGUCGCGGCAAGAUUGAUGAGGCUGAGAAGAGCCUGCGCCGCUUAGCUCGCCCAGGGCACUACACUGAGCAGUCAAUGCGCGAGACCUUAGCCCUCAUGAAGCAUACUAAUGAGAUGGAAAAGGUAGAUGCCCAGAAUGCUAGCUAUGCUGACUGCUUUCGUGGGGAAAACAGGCGACGCACGGCAAUUGUCAGCAUGGCCUGGAUUAUUCAGAUCUUCAACGGCCAGUCCAUAACCAACUUUGCCGCAACAAUGCUCCGUGCCAUUGGUAUGAGCGCCACCAAUGCCUUUAGCUAUACCAUGGGUAUUCAGUCAGUUAAUAUUUUUGCCACCGGGAUCGCCAUUGCCCUUAUGGGUUCAGUCGGCCGCCGUACCUUCUACCUCUACGGCUCAGCCUCCAUAGGCUUCUUCAUGCUUAUCGUAGGCAUUCUGGGCUUUGCUAUCAAAUCAGCCUCGGACGUUGCCAUUCCCGUUGCUGUUUUUCUCAUUUUUGUCCAAAUCGCUUUCAAGAUUUCUCUCGGCCCGACUACCUACGUUAUCGCCGGCGAGAUACCCUCGUCUCGCGUUCGUGCCCAGACUAUCGUCAUUGGGCGCUCUCUCUACGUUUGUGGCCAGGUUGUCGUACAGCAGCUCAACCCCCGCAUGCUCAACGAUGACCCUACCGCAUGGAACUGGGGUGCAAAAACUGGCAUGUUCUAUUUCGGCUUUUGUCUGAUCUGGGUAAUCUGGAUCUUUUUCUUCCUGCCGGAAACCAAGGAUCGAAGCUUUGCUGAGAUCGAUUACCUCUUCACAAAGAAGACGCCCGCCCGCAAGUUCCGCAGUACCACCGUCGACCUAUUUGAAAUGACUCCAGAGUACAAAUCUGAAGAGAAGUCCAGCGAAUUCGACGGACAGGUCCAGCAUAUCGAUGUUGUUAGCGAUGCGAAGCGUGCUGCUUAA